GUCAAAUGAAGGAGUUCGUGUUCAUCCCAGCUUGCUUCACUUUGCUGGUUCCUCCUCCAGCCCUAACUUUCUGCUCAAGUAACAUGAUACUGCUUGGCAGGGGCUGAUAGAAUCCCUGGCACAUUGGAAAGCAGCUUAAUGCAGACAUGGAUCAAAUGGAAGGACUUUCUGCAGACAGCAACAAGGGCUUUCUGUCAUCUGCAGAGGAGAAGUGUGGGAGAUAUAAAUCCAUUGUGGGAUUUUUAUGCAUUUUAUACAUUUUCCCUCUGGUGGCUUUGCUGGCUACUCUGAAAGAUCCAGUGGGAGCUGCAGCUCAGAAACCUCAGGAAGACGCCGUAUUGCCUGGCCUUCAGGGGGUGAUUGCCCCAGCCCUCCCACACCUACCCCAUACACGGAGAAAACGAUACACGCUCACACCAGGGCAGCUGAAAUGGGACCACUUCAACCUGACGUACAGAAUCGUGUCCUUCCCGAGAAACCUCAUUAAUGAGAGUGUCACACGGAAGGGGUUGGCAGCUGCUUUCCGAAUGUGGAGCAACGUUUCACCAUUCAACUUCAAGGAGGUGCCACCCAACUCGGCUAGUGACCUGAAAAUAGGCUUCUAUUCCAUAAACCAUACUGAUUGCCUGGAGUCACUCAUCCAUCAUUGUUUUGAUGGGACGACAGGGGAGCUUGCCCAUGCUUUCUUCCCGAAAAAUGGGGAAAUCCAUUUUGAUGACCAUGAAUAUUGGAUAUUGGGAAACACUCGGUUCAGCUGGAAAAAGGGUGUUUGGCUUACAGACCUGGUACACGUAGCAGCUCAUGAAAUUGGACAUGCCCUGGGACUCAUGCACUCCCUGAACUCUAAUGCCUUGAUGCACAUCAAUGCCACUUUAACUGGGAAAAAGACCAUCUCCCAGGAUGACAUCUGGGGGAUUCACAGACUCUACGGCUGCACAGACAGACUAUUCGUAUGUCCAUCAUGGGCUCGGAAAGGUUUCUGUGAGACUCGUAGGAAGUGGAUGAAAAAGCACUGUCCAUCCAGCUGUGACUUCUGCUACGAAUUCCCUUUUCCAACCAUAGCGCCAACUCCUCCUCCACUCAGGACGAAAACCAAGAUCGUUCCUGAAGGCAGAAAUGUCACCUUUCGCUGUGGACAGAAGAUUAUUCAUAAAAAAGGCAAAGUUUACUGGUAUAAAGAUAAGGAGCUUCUGGAAUACUCAUAUCCUGGUUACUUAGCCUUAAAUGAUGACCACAUGAGCAUUAUUGCCAAUGCAAUUAAUGAAGGAACCUAUACCUGCAUUGUGAAGAAAAGACAAAGAAUCCUGACUACCUAUUCCUGGAGGAUUAGGGUUAGGCACUAACAAGGGUCUUGAAUGAGGACUUCAGUUACUGCUAGUUAUGUUUGACAAAAACCCAACCUCUUCAGCAUUUUAUGUUUAACCUCCAGCAGAGCAGCCACCACAGAUAUCAGCUGCUACCAAUGGUUGGGCAAGAAACUUGGACACUGGGACCUGAUCAUUGGAAAAAAUUCUCCUCCAAGAGUUUACUAUUAAUGAAUUUAUCAAGCACAUGCUGCUGCAAGAGAAAAAAAUCUUGAAGCCAAGAUGACCCAGGUAAUUGUAGAUCAUUUAAAAACUAACCAAUCCUUCACUGGAUUAAUGAAACCUGGAUUUAGAUUAAAAAAAGCACUGGUUAAUGUUCCAGAGUUUGUCAAGCAUUUCUUUGUAUUUAAAUAACUUUCUAAAAUGCCAAUAUAUAGCAUUAGAGGGGCUUGAAACAAAAGACUGAUGCCUGGCUGUAUUCUCCAAGGAGUGGGGGGGUCCUAACUCCUGAAUGAGCUUUUUCCAGAAACUCAUUUUUAUAGGGGAAAUUUCUCUGAUUCCAAAUGUUGCAUUCCCUGACUAUUUUAGUUAUAUAUCUCCCCCCUAUACAUUUUUCUGUGGUUUGCUUUUAUCACAAUGUGUUGUUUACCUCUGUCUGUAGCCUCCAAGCCUUUGUUAGAUAACAAGUUACCAAUAAAUCACUAAAAUAAUUAUG